GGGGGCGCCUCCAAUGGAGCUCCCCCCAUGCAACGCAAUCUGCGAGGAAGAAGGCGACCCCGAGAGGACCCAGCUUUGUUUACAAAGCUGCCGUCUCUGCUGUUUUCCUUGCUGCUGCCUUUUCUCUCUUCUUCAUACUGCUUUUUCACUGCCCAAAGAGAGCUGUGAUUGUGGAUUAUGACCAAAGAUAUUGUUGCAGAAGCUGUCCCGGAGACGGUCACGGAUAUGGCCCCUACUGCUGUGGAACAGGAUAAAGAGACAACUCCUGUAGUACCAGAGGCUGCUCCGGAGAAGGUGGAGGCUCCCGUCGAGGAGAAGCCUGUAGUCGAAGUGGCUCCCGUUAAGGAAGCCGCUCCUGUUGAGGAGGUUGCCCCUGUUGAGGCAGCACCUCCAGCUGAGGAGGAGAAGGCUCCUGUAGUGGAGGAGACAACACCCGCCAAAGAGGAGGCACCAGCACCAACACCAGAGGCUCCUGUAGCAGAAACACCUGCGGCAGAAGCACCAAAGGAAGUAGCACCGGAGGUGCUCACACCGGCCGAGCCUACUCCAGCUGAAGAUGCAGCCCCAGUGAAGGAGGCUGCUCCCGUCGAGGAGGAAGCCCCAGCAAAGGAGGCUGCACCAGUCAAGGAGGAUACUCCAGCCACAGAAGCAGCACCUGCCGAGGAGGGAGCCAAGGAAGUGGCGCCUGUCGACAAAGAGGCAACUCCAGCACCAGACGCAGCAAAGGAUGGAGCCGCAAAAGAAACGCCUGCACCAGCUGUUGACGCAGCAGUAGUACAAACUACUGGCGGAUCAGUAGCAGCAGGUGUGGCAGCUGUGGCGACGGAACUGCAGGCGAAGACAGCAGAAGACGCAAAAGACAUCUAUAACAACCUCGCAAAAGAAGUUGCAUCUACGAUUACUGACAAGGAUGACGAAACCUUGAUGGAGAAAAUCGCCGACGCUGUGCAGGUUGUUACGAAAGAGGUCAUCGAAGGCGUCCAGGAUGUCGGAGAGGCGAUUAAAGAACACCCAGAGAUGAUUGCUGAGGGAGCUAUUGCUAUUGCCGUCGGAGCCGCGACUAUGGUCGCACCAGGAAUUCUCGUUCCUGCACUCGCAAUGGUUGGCAAGAUGGCCUCGGAUCACGCUAUGAGCACCGCUAAGAGUAUCGCUGUCAAGGCAAGCGGCGAUGUGAUGAAGGAUAUCUCGGAGCAGCUGAAGAAGGAUGUUGCUGACAACAAAGAACAUGCUGAAGCCAAGGUGUCAGAUGUCAUCGUUGCAACACCCCAGGGCGAUGUUAAGGUCGAUGUCACUGUUGACGCCAGCAAGGGCAAGGAUGGCGAAGAUGUCAUCCUUGUCCAAGCAACAGGGACUGAAAUUGUGAAGGAGGCACCCGAGGCAGAUGCUAGGGAGGUCACCGAAAAAUCUACCGCCGAGGAGACCCCUGUUGCUGCUGCCGCCGCCACCGAUGACAAGUCCGUCACUGUGACGGAAGUGCCUAAGGAGGUUCUGGCAGAGGCACAUGCAACAAGAGAAAAGGCCGCCGAGGCUGAAGCUUCUGAGGCUGCACUUGCAACUGCCGAGACUGCGGAGACUACACGCGAGGUAGAGCCAGAGGCUGAAGUUGCCGAGACGGAGGCACCAGCGAGCGAAGCUGUCGCCGAAACCGCCGAACCUGCAGCUGCUGCCGGUAAGAAGGGCAAGAACAAGAAAUCAAAGGCGAAGGCCGCCAAAGCAAAGGCUGGCGCUUCAAAGACCGAGGAGACAGCAGCAGCACUGGCUAUCCCAGCGAUCGCCGCCGCAGCUGUAGCUGCCGUCGCUGUAGGCUCCAAGUACAAGGAGGAAGAGGCCAAGUCGGAGGAAGCACCAAAGGCCGAAGCUGAAGCAACUAAGGAAAUCAAGGAGACCGAGACAAACGGUGCUGCAGCUGUCCCAGAUGUCGAGGCCAAGGAGGCUGAGGCUGAUGCCGCCGCGACUGAGCCGGAGGUUGCUGAGAAGGCAGUUGACGCUGAAGAGAAGAAUGAUACCCCAGUUGUUGCCGAGGAGCCUGCCACCGAGACCAAGGAGGUUGAGGCUGAGCCGGAGGUUGCUGAGAAGGUAGUUAUCGACGCCGAGGAGAAGAAUGAUACCCCAGUUGUUGCCGAAGAGGCUGCCGCCGAGACCAAGGAGGUUGAGGCCGAGCCCGUAGCUGUUGUUGAGGAUAAGAAGGAGGAGGCAACAGCUGCCGUUGCCGAGCCAGAGGCUGAGGCAAAGGAAGUUGUUGCUGAGCCUGCCGCCGCUGUUGAGGAAACAAAGGAAAUCGCCUCUGUCGAUGUUUCCGAGCCAGAGGUUGAGACCAAGGAAGCUGAGCCUGUAGCUGCUGUCGAAGAGGCCAAGGAGGAGGCCCCUGCUGCUGUUACAGAGACUGAGACCACGUCUGAGCCAGCUGCUGUCGUCGAAGAGAAGAAAGACGAUACUCCCGAAGCCGUUGCUGAGCCUACACCAGAAGCCGCCGCAGUAGAGGCAGAGCCAGUUGUCGCUGCCACCGAGGAGGACAAGUCCGCCACUAUCGUUGCUGCUGCAACCGAAGCCGUCGCUGAGCCAGUAGCUGCAACUGAGGAGGCCAAGGAAGAGACCCCAGUUGCUGCUGCCGAGCCUGAAGCUGAGGCCAAGGAGGUGGAGGCUGAGCCGGCCGCUGCUGCUACGGGCAAGAAGGGCAAGAACAAGAAGUCUAAGGCUAAGGCUGCAAAGGGAAAGGCGGGUGAAGUCGUUGCCGCUGGAGCUGCUGCACUGGGCGUUUCGGCGAUUGCCGCUGGUGUCGUGGCAGCCACUUCUUCGAAGGAGAAGGCAGAGGAGGUUGCUCCUGCCGCUGUUGAGGAGAAGGAGGUUGCGCCUGCCGCUGUCGAGGAGGAGAAGGAGGCUGCACCUGCCGUUACCAAGGCAGCAGAGGAGGUCGUCGCGCCUGCCGCCGCUGAGGAGGAGAAGGAGGUCGCACCUGCAGUUGUCGAGGCAGCAGAAGAGAAGGAGGUUGCACCUGCCGCUGUGGAGGAAGAGGCUGCACCUGCCGCGGUUGAGGAGGAGGUCGCACCUGCCGUUGUCGAAGAGAAGGAGGUUGCACCUGCUGCUGUCGAGGAGGAGAAGGAGGCUGCACCUGCCGUUGCCGAGGCAGCAGAGGAGGAGGUGGCUCCUGCCGCUGUUGAGGAGAAGGAGGCUGCACCUGCCGCCGUUGCUGAAGCAGCAGAGGAGGAGGUCGCACCUGUUGCUGUUGAGGAGAAGGAGGCUGCACCUGCCGUUACCGAGACAGCAGAGGAGGUCGUUCCUGCCGCUACCGAGGAUAAGGAGGCUGCACCUGCCGCCGCCGAAACCACGGAAGAGAAGGAGGUCGCUCCUGCCGCUGUUGAAGCCACCGAAACCCCAGAGGUGGUCGCACCAGUUGAGGAGGUUGCCGAGAAGACUGCUGAGGUGCCUGCUGAAGCUGAGACUACCCCUGCAGAGGAGGUUGCCGAUAAAGAGGUUGCUGCUACCGAAGCACCUGCUGCCGCUGAAGCUACCGAGGCUACUGAGUCUGUCGAGACGACCGAGAAGGCUGCGGAAGAGGUAGUGACCGAGAAAUCUCCAGUUACCGAGGAGGUCGCUGCAUCCGAAGACGCCAAGGUCGCUGAAGAGGUUCCUGCCGCCGUUGAGACAAAGGAGGUAGUUGAAGAGGCUCAGCCAGUUGAGGCUGUGGCAGCUACCGAGGAGGUUCCUGUUCCUGCAGAGGAGGUCAUUGAGGAAGUUAAGGCAGUUGAGACCGCCGUUGCUACCGAGGAAGUCUCCGCUCCCGUUGAGGAGGUGAAGGAGGCAGUUAAGGAAGAGCAGCCAGCUGAAGUCGCAGCACCGGUUGAGGCUGCUGCCGAGGAGGAGGCUGCUGUCGCCAAGGCACCAGAGGUUGCUGAGGAGGUCGUCGAGACCAAGGAGACUGCCCCUGUUGAGGAGACUAAGGUCGAGGAACCAGCAGCAGUCGAGGAAGUCGCCGAGACCAAGGUCGAGGAUCCCGCUGCGGUUGAGGAGACUAAGGCCGAGGAGCCUACUGCGGUUGAGGAGACCAAGAUGGAAGAACCUGCUGCAGUUGAAGAGCCGGCUGUUGUCGAAGAACCCACUAAGACCGCCGAGGAACCAGCCGCAGUUGAGGAGACCAAGGCUGAGGAGGUCACCCCGGUUGAGGAGACCAAGGUUGAGGAGGUCGCCGCAGUCGAGGAGCCUGCUAAGGUAGAGGAACCUGUUGCUGUUGCAGAGGCUGCUGAGGCACCUUCCGCAGCAGAGGAGACCAAGGUCGAAGAGCCCGUUGUUGCCGCAGAGCCCGCCGCUACUGAGGAGCCAGCUGUUGCCGAGAAGGCCACAGUUGAGGAGACCAAGGUGGAGGAGCCUGUCGCUGUUGCAGAGACUGCAGUUAAGGCGCCUGCCGUAGUAGAGGAGGCUAAGGUUGAGGAGCCCGUUGUUGUCGCAGAGGCCGCCACUACCGAUGAGCCAGCUGUUGCUGAGAAAUCCGUCGUUGAGGAGCCAAAGGUCGAGGAGGUGGCUGCGGUUGCAGAGCCAAAGGUAGAGGAGCCAGUUGUCGCCAGCGAGGUUACUGAGGCUAAGGAAGUAGCACCUGCUGAGGAGGCCACCAAGGUGGAGGAGCCCAAGGUUGAGGAACCAGUGAUUGCCAACGCGCCUGCUGCAGUGGAGGAGCCCGCUAAGGUGGAGGAGGCUGUUGCAGUUGAGGAGCCCGCCAAGGUGGAGGAGACUGCUGUAGUCGAGGAGCCCACUAAGGUGGAGGAACCUGCUGCGGUGGAAUCAGUCAAGGCCGAGGCCCCAGUGGUUGCUGAGGAAGCUACGAAGGUUGAGGAACCUGUCGCUGUCGAGGAGCCAAAGGUCCAGGAAGAACCUAAGGUUGCAGAACAGCCCAAGGCCGAAGAGGCCGCUCCUGUUGCGCCAGCAGUUGUAGCUGAGGCCGCACCUGUCGAGGCUCCCGUGGCUGUUAAGGAAGCUAUCUCCGAGCCUGUCACCAAAUCCAUCGACGUCGCCGAACCAGUCACAGCCGCUGAGUCCUCCCAAGCAUCCGGCUCAUUCAAGACUGCUGAAACUUCCGAUGCCGAUCAGAAGCCUGCAGCCACUGAAGCUGCUGCUCCUGUUGCCGAGACAGCAGAGGCCAAGGAACCAGUUUCAGCCGCACCAUCGACGCCAGCUGAGAAGGCCGCCGAUGAGCCAACCACACCUACCACACCGAAAUUCAAGAAGGGUCACGUAAAGCGCAAGAGUAUGCUUGGUCGCCUCGGUUCGUGGUUCUGGCCGGGAAGUAGCUCGAAAGAGGCAACACCUCCGAUCGCCGAAUCGGCUGCCGCUCCUGCGAGCCCAGCCGCCAAGACCCCUGUUGCCGCCAAAUAGGUGGUGUGCUAUGAAGCAACGGCCUCAGCGUGAUUAUUGUUUGGAGGAGGGAGAUUGAUGUUUUGAUGCGAUUUGUUUUUUAUACCCCUUCGCUUGUUUUGUCAUGUUAUGUUUUUGUGCACAUAAUGAGUGCAUGACACAUGUAGUUUGACGGAAAUUUUUAAUGAUUAUCAUGUUUGUACUAGUUUAUGCGUUGGCUCUGUUUAGUUAGACGUUAGCUGAAUGCCAAAAUUUGUCUGUCAG